CUUUCUUUUAUAAUUCCAAAGUUGCCAGCACUUCACUUCAAACCAAACUUUGAUUUCAUCGAAACUGAGCCAUACUUAAACUCUAACUACCAACUCACACAUGUGCAACUUUAUAUUCAUUGCACCUUCUCUCUCAAUUCUCGGCAUUGCCAAGGUUGUUGUUACUUUAAGAGUCUUCAAAUGGCUGCGACGCUGACUUCUGGGACACAAAUGGCAGUCAUUAAGUCUUGUUUUUCAUCGUCUCACAAAAGUUUUAUGCCCACUAGAGCAAGUAUUAGUACUGAGAAUCAGAACUCAUCUUGGAAGAGUCUUGCAAGCUCUUCUAGGAUAGUGUCUAUGGAUCCAUCGCUCCAGAGCCUCGCUGUGAGGCCUGUUAAAUCUGUUAAGUUUGUAACAAGAGCAAUGUCUGUUGAAAAUGAGAACAAGCCUCUACCAGGAUUGCCUGUUGAUUUGAGAGGCAAAAGAGCUUUUAUUGCCGGUGUGGCUGAUGACAAUGGAUAUGGUUGGGCAAUUGCAAAAGCUCUCGCUGCUGCGGGCGCUGAAAUUCUUGUUGGGACCUGGGUGCCUGCAUUGAACAUCUUUGAAAGUAGUCUACGGCGUGGGAAGUUUGAUGAAUCACGCAUGUUGCCAGAUGGAUCAUUGAUGGAAAUUACCAAAGUUUAUCCAUUGGAUGCAGUUUUUGACAAUCCUGAUAGUGUUCCUGAAGAUGUAAAAACAAACAAACGCUACUCUGGGUCCUCAAAAUGGACUGUUCAGGAGGUUGCUGAAUCUGUAAAACAGGAUUUUGGUAGCAUUGACAUCCUAGUGCAUUCUCUCGCAAAUGGGCCAGAGGUUAGCAAGCCUCUUCUGGAGACCUCGAGAAAUGGAUAUCUUGCCGCCAUAUCUGCGUCAAGUUAUUCUUUUGUUUCUUUACUCAAGCAUUUCGUACCUAUAAUGAAUCCAGGCGGUGCCUCAAUCUCUCUCACAUACAUUGCUUCCGAAAGGAUCAUUCCAGGAUACGGUGGAGGCAUGAGUUCUGCGAAGGCUGCUUUGGAGAGCGAUACGCGUGUGCUGGCUUUUGAAGCUGGAAGAAAACAUAAAAUCAGAGUUAACACAAUAUCUGCAGGUCCUUUAAGAAGUCGGGCUGCUAAAGCGAUCGGUUUUAUCGAUAUGAUGAUUGACUACUCAUUGGAAAAUGCACCCUUACAGAAAGAAUUAACUGCAGAGGAGGUAGGGAAUGUUGCAGCCUUCCUGGCCUCACCAUUGGCAUCGGCAGUCACCGGUGCAGUUGUGUAUGUGGACAAUGGUCUCAAUGCAAUGGGAGUGGGAGUUGACAGUCCAAUAUUUGAAAACCUUGACAUUCCAAAAGAUAAGAGAAGCUAAGAGCUUGAAUAUAGUUCACUGAAUUUUGAUUUAGCAUAAUAAAUAUUGCUUCCCACUUGAUUUCUUCCA